UCACGUGAUGACGUCUCACUUCGAGCUUCUCAAAGAUUUCCCAGUGAGCGACUGGCGGACAGUAAAGAUGGCGACGGAGCUCACGGUGUGUACGAGUUCCCGGAGAAGAUGACGACAACAAGAUUAGUAACUUUCGAGCCGCGGCGUUGACAGUGCUCACUUUAAAGUCCUUGCGACAAGAGGCUCGCGAACUUGCUGACGGUAGUUAAACAAACCUAACGGACACAACCGGCGCGCGGACAUAUCGUUGCUUUUGCCAUGGAGGAUAUAAACUCAAACAUAAACGCGGACUUGGAGGUACAUAAGCUUCAAGUUUUAGUGAAGAAACUCGAGCAGCAGAACGAGCAGCUCCGGAGCCGUCCCAGUCAGUUCUCUCCCUUCUCUUCCGGUAGAUUGUCGGGGAACACUAGACCCGUGAGCGCCGAGUAUGAUUCUCCGGGAGCGACGGCGGGGCUCGUCGGGUUCACCGGGGUGGGGUCCGGCGGAUCGAGGGGUUUCGGCGGGGUUUUGGAAAUCCCCCGGCUGAGACCGUCGUAUCCCGGCAGUAGUUAUGGAGGGGGUUAUGACAGUGACAGCACUUCUUGUGUCGCUUCGAACACGAGUCUCGCGUCUUAUUACGAUUCGACGGAUUUUAUCGAAGACGGAGAAACUUCGGUGCUGGACGAGGUGGAGAUUCUCGAUUUGGAGGACAUAGAUGGCCUGAACGAAGAGGAAGACAGCUGGUUGUAUGAGGCGAAAUUGAACAGUCCUCUACAGAAAGCCUUGAGUCCCAUUGUGUGGUGCAGACAGGUUCUGGAUAACCCCAGUCCUGAUAUGGAGUCUGCCAAACGCUCUCUCUUACACAGACUCGACCUCACCAUGUCAGCAAACAAGCGGAGGAGUCUAUAUAACAGUUCCUACAGUCCGCAAAUGAGCUACGGAAGCCCGUACAGCACAAACAUGGCAAACAGUCCCUACAGCAGUGGCUUCAACUCCCCGUCCUCCACUCCAUCUAGAGCGCCUGUCGUCAAGCAGCUCGUUCUGCCUAGCAGUGCAGGUCACCAGCGUGGAUCGGCUGACAGAAACGCACAGGCAGUGAGCCCACAGUCAUCAGUAGACAGUGAGUUGAGCACACCAGAGAUGGACGAAGACUCCGUCGGUUCAUCGACCACAUAUAAACUCAAUGACGUCACAGACGUGCAGAUACUCGCCCGCAUGCAAGAGGAGAGUUUAAGGCAAGAAUAUGCUGCAACAGCAUCACGUCGUAGCUCAGGUUCAUCAUGUCAGUCGUUGCGACGAGGAACUCUGAGUGACCAGGAGCUGGAUGCACAGAGCCUGGAAGAUGAUGAGGAGGCUGUCCACCAUUCCUACCACACACCUGUCAACCGUUUCAGCCCCUCCCCUCGGCCCUCACCUCGCGUCUCCCCCAGGAGCUCGCCUCGAGCCCGCUCACCCACCCGCUCUUUAGAGUACAGCCGCGGAUCUCCCCAACCAAUCAUCAGCCGCCUUCAGCAGCCCCGCCACUCUCUGCAAGGCCACGACACGCAGACCAACGCCAUUAAGAAUGAAGAAAAGCUGAGACGGAGUCUACCUAACCUCACACGAUCCAGCUCUGGACCGACUGUAGAGCCAGUUAAAAACAGCAGGAGUUGUGAGUCAAACUUGCAAGUGCCUAAUGGAGGAUCACCCAGACACCAGAGUCAGUCUGCCAUGUCACACCAAAGGCUCUCCGCACCUACUCGCUCCUCCCCAAAACCAAAAGAGAGACUCCAGAGCCCUACGUCUCUACGAGUCCCUCUCACAUGUUGCUUUGGAGAUGAAACAGAUUGCAUGCCCUCCUCCAGUAAGUUGCGGACUCCUGCUGCCCCAUCUCCCUUGGCUCUCCGUCAGCCCAUUAAGGUUUUGUCUAACCAUGGUUCAGGCACAGCCACGCCCACACGCUCUAUGGCCCCGCCCCGCAGUGGCCUGCCCCGCCCUGCCGCCACUGCUGGAGGAGGUUUACCAGUGCCUCGCAGCAAACUGGUCCAGCCUGUGCGCAGAUCUCUUCCAGCUCCGAGGACAUACAGCGGAAUCAGAGACGAGAGCUGGAGAGAGGGCUGCUACUGAGCGCACCCAGAACCAGCAGCACAAAUGGGCUUUCAGUUCAAACUGGCACUUUAUAGAGACACGUCUUUAACCCCCGCAAAUAAAAAGACAUUCUUCCAAACAAAUGAUUCUGUCCUCUUUCAGGUGACAUUGCAGAACUCUCAUCCCAGCAGGAUAGAUGUGAAAGGCAGGCUGGAUGCCACAGAAUGCCAAAGAACAACAACAACAAAAAAGAACAACAACAACAAAAAACAGACUAGGAUUCACCCUCACCAACCAAACAGCACCUGUACUACAAAUGGCUCCAAAUCCACAAAACUGCUUGCACAUGCCCACAAAUCCACUAUAGAAGAAUACUGAAUAACUUGUUUUCUCUGUAACAACAUAAGUGAGGAUUCCUUGUGAGCACAUACAAAUUGAGCUUAACUUUUGCCUCCAGUAGAAAAGGUUUAUAUGGCGACACACAGUCAGCAUGGCAAUUGCAUUCUGUCAGAAUGUCUUUCAUAUCUAUGUGACCUCUAAUUUAUUUGAAAUCAUUAUUUAAAAUAUUUCUUUCAAAGAGUAUUCAUACAGUAUUCGGUCUUUAUAAAUAUAUAUGUGUAUGUUUACUAAUCUUUAUUUUUGGGCUUUUUAUUUCUGAAUGUCAUUGUUAAAUCUCAACUGCAAAGCUAUGUUUCCAAAGGAUUUAAAGUGUCUGAAUAAUGGACGCAUUUCAGAGUCUUUGAACAAACAUAUUUAGAUUGAGCCCUCAGAUACACAGCGGGAUUGAUGCUUUUGCUCAUUUCAAGGAAACGGAUCACGAGAGACCCGGAUCAGUGACAAGUUAGUCAAAAUGCCUGAGACUAACUUCACACGUGAACUGUUGUAUCAUCAAAUGUCAAUGUCCCAGCGAUAAUGUCCCGGUGGCAAGGGUCAUAAAAGGAUGUGGUGUGUGGGUGAAGUGUAGUGCUUAUGUACUAAUUUUGGAAAAUUCCUGGUCAUGUUAUUUGUCGUUAUUCUCAGAGUGAAAUAAUUGAUAAAAGGCUGAGAAUUAAAAUGGUGCUUACUGGUAACUGAAUGGAAGUGCCACCUGAAUAUAUGGAGAUGAUAUCUUAUUGCACACUAGAAAACGAUUAAGACUGUGGAAGUUUGUUAAAAUCAUGAGUGCCUAUAAUUUAUGAAAUUAUGUGAUAGCUACAAAGUUUUUUGUUUUUUUUGGGGGGUUUGUGCCAAUUGCUUUCUUUUGCCAAUAUUAUUUACUUCAGGGUUCUUUGCAUUUCUUGCUCAAGUUUUGAUUUUUGUAAUUGCUUUGAUAACAUUUAUAUUUGCUUUUGUAAUAAAGGUGUGUUAUAAAUGCCUAUUGCUAUUUAUGACAAAAUACUAUGCGCUUCUAAGAGGCUUAUUUAUUAAACGGUGAAAUGCCUCUGUGUGCUGACAUUUAGAGUUAGUGGGAUGCUUGAGCCUAGAAUGGUCAUGAAUCCAUGACAAAUAUUUUGCGGAUUGUUUUUUGGUAAAGACUUUUAUAUCUCCACAAACAUGAUGCUCGGUUUCCCCUGCGUUCAUUUCAAAUAAAAGUUGAAAAAAG